ACUACAGUGUUAAUUUUUCAUUAGCAAAACGGUACUGAUGCUGCUCUAUGCAGUUCAAUUAAAAUAAACUUGACAUCUGACAAGUAAGGGUCAUGUAUGUCGCAUUAGAAUUAUGAAAUAUGGAAGCGCAACUGCAAAUGCAAUAAUAUGGGACAGAUGUGUGGGUGGGUCCUAAUUUUGCCAAGUGGUUGUUGUCCUGGGACCAACAUUUUAUAUGAUAGCCCUGGGACAACAACUGCCUCAGCCAAUCAACUUUUGUGAUGCUAUCACAGCGAGCCCUGCUGCCAAUGCCUACAAAACUUAAAUUGAAGAAAAAAAGGAGGGAAAAACGGCAAAGAGGCGCAAGUUAAAUUAGGAGAUGCUACAUCCAAUUUAAAGUUUUCAGAUUUACGUAUUAGUUUACUGCUGCUAGUCUGCAACUACAGCUUUAUUAUUAUGAGAUAUUAUAAAAUGCAUAUUUGCUUUUUAGAUUAGCAUUUUUCUGCCAUGGAAUUAAGCUAACAUUAGCUUUCAAAGCUUCAAAGCAUUUAGCGACACUCAAUCAACUAAGGCAAGAUGACCAGUCUCACCGCUAAGGACAAGGCCAAUGUCAAGGCCUUCUGGGCUAAAAUUGCUCCUCAGGCUGAUGACAUCGGCGCGGAUGCGCUGUCCAGGAUGCUGGUCGUGUACCCGCAGACCAAGACUUACUUCUCCCACUGGAAUGACUUGAGUCCUGGCUCUGCCCCCGUGAAGAAGCACGGAAAAACUGUGAUGGCUGGAGUUGCUGAUGCUGUGUCCAAGAUCGACGAUCUGAAAGGAGGUCUUCUCACCCUCAGUGAGCUGCAUGCCUUCACUCUGCGAGUGGACCCUGCCAACUUCAAGAUCAUCUCCCACAACAUCCUUGUGGUCCUGGCCAUCAUGUUCCCCGUUGACUUCACCCCUGAGGUCCAUGUGGCUAUGGACAAGUUCCUGGCUGCUCUGGCUCUGGCCCUGGCUGAGAAAUACAGAUAAACAGCUGGAGUAGAAGACGGAGACUUCAGCAAGAGCCCACUCUGCAAAUAAUAAAUAA